UUCUCUGCAAGAACCGAACACGAAUAUCCAUCCAACCGCGCGGCAGGCAAGCGACGACGCAUCAAUCGAUUUCUUCCUUCUCCCUUACCCUGGCGACUCCGGUGUCCGGUCUCCUCCUCCGAUCCAUCACCGAUCGAUCGAUCGAUCCGACCCCAAUCCACCCACCCACCAAUCCCCGGCGCGCGCAAGAUUCAGAUUUGCUCCGGCGAAGGGAAGAAGGAUGGGGGCGUGGAUGUCGCGGGUGUGGUUCCUGAUGUUCCCGGCGCGGGAGUACAAGCUCGUCGUCGUGGGGCUCGACAACGCCGGCAAGACCACCACGCUCUACAAGCUCCACCUGGGCGAGGCCGUCACCGCCGCGCCCACCAUCGGCAGCAACGUCGAGGAGGUCGUAUUCAAGAACCUACGCUUUGAGGUUUGGGAUCUAGGAGGACAAGAAAGUCUGCGCACUUCAUGGGCGACAUACUACAGAGGAACUCACGCUGUCAUCGUAGUAAUUGACAGCACCGACCGUGCUCGGAUCAACAUCAUCAAGGACGAGCUCUUCCGGUUGCUCCAGCAUGGGGACCUCGAGAACACGGUCGUCCUCGUGUUCGCGAACAAGCAGGAUCUCAAGGACGCCAUGUCCCCAGCCGAGAUCACCGACGCCCUCUCCCUCCACAGCAUAAAGAACCAUGACUGGCACAUACAGGCCUCGUGCGCCGUCACCGGCGAUGGCCUCUACGAUGGCCUUGGGUGGAUAGCCCAGAAAGUCGCCGGCAAGGCCACAGCAAGCUGACGCGAAUCGACUGUGUUGUUUCCAUGGAUUUGUUGAAGGUGGCAGGAUGGGUUUGUUCUUCCUGCCACCACCAUCCUCAGUGUUUAUUUGUGUUGCACACUGCCUGAAAACUGUGUGUCUGUUCCCACCAAUCUGAAUAUAAAGAAGCAAAUUUGCACGCCAUCAAA